ACUGGGAGAGUAAAUGUAAUGAGGACAUUAGACAGACACGGAUAUUAGGGCGCAGCUACUAGAAAGUGUUAAGGCAAAGGCGAGUGUUGUGAGGAGGAGAAAGUGGGAGGGGAACUUAUCUGAUGGGACGUUUACAGAGUUGACUGUACUCCGCAGUAACACUUACACCUCAGUGUCCUUCUCUCACACACCAAUUGACUAUUCCAGCGAUUCUUGUGCCUCGGUCCCUGCCAGAGGAGGAGAGAGAGGAUGUGGCUGGACGAGCGGCUCCUUGGCCUUUUCAGAAGAAAUUUUCAGUCAACGUUGACAUAUUGGAGCGUGUUCUUCAGCUUCGGCUUGUGCAUCGCCUUCCUGGGUCCCACAGUGCUGGACCUGAGGUGCCAGACACACAGCAGCCUGCAGGACAUCACCUGGGUCUUUUUCGCCCAGCAGUUCUGCCUCCUUGUGGGGAGUACCCUGGGGGGUUUAUUCAAGAGAACGGUGAAACAGUCUCUGUUCCUGCUCUUCUUGUCCUCUCUGACAAUCUCUGUGGUGUUUGUUAUCAUUCCGUUCUGUGGCCAUGUUGGGGUGCUGGCAAUGGUUAUGGCAAUAGCUGGUCUGGCCAUGGGCUGUAUAGAUACAAUAUCUAAUAUGCAGCUGGUAAAGAUUUAUCAGCAAGACGCAGCCAUCUUCCUGCAGGUUCUCCAUUUCUUUGUUGGAUUUGGGGCCCUCUUAAGUCCUCUCAUAGCAGAUCCCUUUCUCUCUGAGACUAACUGCAUCCAGUCAAAUGCCACCCAGAAUCGAAGCCACAACUUAGAGCACAUCAGAAACUCUUUAGUACCUCACCACCCUGGGAAUGUUUCCCAUUAUGUUCUUCCACUUCAGGGGACUUCAGUAACACAAGUGUCAUAUGCAUUCUGGAUUAUGGCUGCAAUCAAUCUUCCAGUGCCCAUUGCAGUUUUUUACCUACUAUACAAGGAAGGUAUGGUUCCAGGAUGUUCCAUACACAGUGGUGGCCUAUUAUCAGCAGAUGAGCUGGCCAUGGAAACCCAUAAUGGAAAUGACUCUCAAAAAAUAGAAGCACACGAAGAGCAGGGUCAUGUUGUAUCAGUACUUUGCUGCCAGAGCAAGAAGAUUUGGAAUGCUCCCUAUACUUUUUUUGCUAUUCACACCUGUGCAGCUAUAACUCUCUUCAUGGCAGAUGGGAUAGUGGGGGGAUACUCUGGCUUUGUGUAUAGUUAUGCUGUAGAGCAGCCACUAAAUCUAGCUCAUAAAACAGCCGGAUACCUUCCUAGUCUCUUCUGGGCUUUCAUCACCUUGGGAAGAUUGAUUUCCAUUCCAGUUUCCUACAAAAUGGCACCUCGUUCCAUGUUAUUUAUCAACCUGAUUGGGGUCACUACCACAUUCCUGUUCUUGCUGUUGUCACAAAAUAGCACAACUGGAAUUUUUGUAGGAACAGCCUUACUUGGUCUUUGGCUCAGUAGUGUGUUUCCCAGCAUGUUGGCCUACACGGAAGACAUGUUAAAUUAUAAAGGUUGUGCCACUACAGUCCUUGUUACUGGAGCUGGAAUGGGCGAAAUGGUACUUCAAAUAUUAGUUGGAUCAGUGAUGCAGACACAAGGCAGUUACAGUUUCCUGGUGUGCGGAAUCUGUUUCUCUUCACUGGCAUUCACAUUCUAUGCUGUCCUUCUUUUAGCAGACAAUUUGCAUAACAAGAAAUCAGAUGAUUCAUCAUGCAAACCCCCAGAACUUGAUGGAGAAGCUUCUUCAUAUCAGAGAUGAAGUCAGCACUAAAUAAACUUUCUAAAAUGAG